GUAAAUAAAUAUGGCGUAACGUUGUGCAUUACGUGUGGGUGUGUGAAGCCAAAUUUGCUAACAAGACAAAAUAUAAGAAUUUGCAGUGUUUUACGAAGAAGCUACAGUGUGGUGUUCAAAUUAAUUCGAACAAUAAAUCUGUGAGUUUGUGACCCGAGAAAAUUCGUAAAGAACAUUGGAUCAAUGACUUGGAUUCACCGUAGAUGACUAUUAUUAUGAACCUUAUCUUGUAACUUAUGAAAUACGAUUUUAACAUAAGGUCAUAAUAAGUGUACAUAUUAUAGAGCAGUGUAAGGAUAAUGGGUUGGGUACAAGUGUUGUGUGGUGAAAGUGCUAAGCCAGAGGUAUGAUGGAGUCAGAGCUACCGCCGGGCAGCUGUAACUCCACAGGACAUCUCUCCACAAUUGGAUGGAACAUACCAGGUCGGAUGCACCAUUCGGCGAGCACGCCGGCGGGCGUGGACGGGGGCGCUCGUACGCCGCCCGCUACGCCCAAGAAGGGCGGCAAGAUGCUCGCCGUCCGCGUCCAGAUGCUGGAUGACUCCAUAUCCAUGUUCCAGAUACAGUCGAAGGCGCUGGGUCGGGUGCUGUUCGACCAGGUGUGCCGGCAGCUACAUCUCCUGGAGGCCGACUACUUCGGUCUGGAGUACCAAGAUGCUAAUGGCACAAAGUACUGGCUGGACGUCGAGAAGCCGAUGUGCCGGCAGCUCGGGUUGUCCAUGCUGGAGCCGGCGCUCCGAUUCUGCGUGAAGUUCUACACCCCGGACCCCGCUCGCCUGGAGGAGGAGUUCACGCGGUACCUGUUCUGUCUGCAGGUGAAGCGCGACCUCGCGACCGGGGCGAUUCAGUGCAACGAGAAUACGGCCGCGCUGAUGGCCAGUUAUAUCGUGCAAGCGGAGUGCGGCGACUUCGUGCCCGAGGACUACCCGGACCACACAUACCUUAGCGGGUACAAGUUCUUUCCCGGACAGGACCCCGAGUCCGAGCGACGCAUCAUGGAGAACCAUAAGAAGCACAUAGGACAAAGUCCAGCCGAAGCAGAUCUGAAUUUGCUAGAAACGGCGCGCAGAUGUGAGCUGUAUGGUAUAAAGAUGCACGCGGCGAAAGACAACGAGGGCGUGGCUCUCAACCUGGCGGUCGCGCACAUGGGCAUCGUGGUGUUCCAGCACUACACCAAGAUCAACACGUUCAGCUGGGCCAAGAUACGCAAGAUCAGCUUCAAGAGGAAAAAGUUCCUCAUCAAGCUGCAUCCUGAGGGUUACGGUCACUUUCGCGACGUGGUCGAGUUCUUCUUCGAGGGUCGCAACGAGUGCAAGAACUUUUGGAAGAAGUGCGUCGAGAACCACGGCUUCUUCCGCUGCUCCGCCGUGCCGCGACCACCGCGACACAAGGCGAGAGUUAUGUCGCGCGGAUCGUCGUUUAGGUAUAGCGGCAAAACCCAGAAGCAAAUAGUCGAAUUCGUUCGGGACAACUAUGUCAAACGACAGACUUUCCAGAGGUGUGGGUCGUUCCGCGCGUCGCGCUCAGCGGGCGGGUCGCGCGCGAGCGUCGCGCCGCCGCUCAACGCCAGCCUGUCCGCGCACCCGCUGCUGCCGCUGCCGCCCGGCUCCGACGCGAUUUCCCUGGAGUGGGACAAGCAGCCUCACUACCUGGAGGCUUCUCUGAUGAUGAAGGGCUACACGGCGGAGGAGGCGCGCGCGGCGGCGGCGCGACCCGCGACUCGCCCCCCGCUCGCAGCUACCGCGUAUGCCAGCACGAGGGACAAGCUCACGAAACUGUACUGCGAACAAAUCGUGGGUCCAGAAGUAGUGACCCAUGCCGAGGUCAAUCAUCAUCCUUCGGAGGAUUCACCUCUGCCUCAUCGGACGACGACACCAUUGACAUCGCCGGAGAGUACCUGGGUGAGACAUGUGGAGGGUGGGGCCGCGCGCGCGCCCACUCCACCGCCGCGUCGCACAGACGAAACUGGGGAUGACGAUACGGUAUCUUCGGCGAGCGUGUGCGUGUCCAGCGGCGAUAUCGCGGACGACAACGAUCGAGCGAGCGAGAAACACAACGAUCGUGCGAGCGAGAUAGAUAAUCACACGAAAGAGAAGCAGGACCGUGCGAGCGGGACGCACGGCGAGCCGCUGUGGGCGUCGACGCCGCGCGACAAGCGCGUCAACGGCCACGCCCCCCGCUCGCGCGAUGUGCUCGACAAUAGGGACGACAACUGCAAUACCGUCAACGGCAACGUACACGUAACGAUAGUGUCGGCGUCGACGAACAACAUGGACGUGCUGAGCGGCGGCGAAAGCGACGCCGACACGCUUUCGCGACGAAACAAUAACAGCAUAUCAUCUCAGCUGGCGGGCUCGCUGCGGCGGGGGCGGGGCGGGGACGUGACGUACUACGUCGCUAAGGAACUGCUGAUGACGGAGCGCACCUACAAGCGGGACCUCGACCUCGUCACCGUGUCGUGGUCGGGUCGCGUGGGUAACGUGGCUGGCGCGGUGGGGUCUGACGGCGCGGCGCUGGCGCGGGCGUGCCUGGCGUUAGAGCCGCUGGCGUUGCCGGCCGGUGCGUUGCUGGCACGCCUGGACCGCGCGCUAGCGGCCGCGUCACCGCAUCGACAUCAAGGUAACUCUUCCAAAGAAAUGGAAGAACCCGAGUACAAGAAAAUAGCAGAGUUACUAUGUGAUUAUUUGAGCAGCACUUACGAUGCGUACAUGUCGUACGUGCACGGUGCGGGCGCGGCGGUGGCGGUGGCGGAGCGCGCACGCCGGCGGGGUGGAGCCGCGGCGCGCGAGGCGGCCGCAUUCGACUGCACCGCCCCCCUGCCACUAGCUUGUCUGCUGCUGCGUCCACUGCAUCGCCUGCUGCAUUACAAGCGGCUCGCUGCAGAGCUGUUCUCGUGCGGCGGCGGGUCCGGGGCGGCGCGGUCGGUGCUGCAGCUGGCGGGCUCGGCGGCGGACGCGGCGCGCGCGCAGCUGCCGCACGCCGAGAACCACGCCGCUCUUUGUCAGCUGCAGAGGGACAUCACCGGCUACGAUAAGCUGUUGGUUCCGGGCCGAGAGUUUCUUCGGCUGGGCUGCGUCUACAAACACUCUUCCAAAGGUCUUCUACAGAGGAUGUUGUUUUUGUUCAGCGAUUUACUACUAGUGUCGUCCAAGACGGGCACUGGCCAAUUUAAAGUGCAUCUAGCGCUUGCAUUGCACGAGCUUUCUGUGGAGCCCGCAGAGCUCAACAACUCUCUCACUAUUACAGGUGAGAACGUGAGUUUCGUGAUCAGCGUGAGCGGCGAGGGCGAGUACAGCGGGUGGCGCGAGUCGCUGGAGCAGGCGAUCGCGGCCGCGCGCGACGACCCCGCACACGUCGACACCGAGCUGGCGCACGACUGUGAGGACAACGAGGAGUCGAGCAGUAGCGGCAACUCGGGCGUCAGUGCGAGCAGCGCGCUGGCGCAGGUGUGCUGGCACCGUGCGGCCUCACUACCGCGGGAGAGCUUGCACUUGGCGUAUAGGACGCAGCUAUCUGGCUACCUGCUCCGCAAGUUCAAGAACUCUCACGGCUGGCAGAAGCUGUGGGUGGUGUUCGCGAUGUUCACGCUGCACUUCUACAAGAGCUGGCAGGACGAGACCGCGCUCGCCUCACUGCCGUUGCUGGGGUACAGCGUGGGUCCGCCGGCGCGGUCGGACGGCAUCGACAAGGAGUUCGUGUUCAAGCUGCAGUUCAAGAACCACGUGUACUUCUUCCGAGCGGACAGCCACUUCACAUACAAUAGAUGGACUGAAGUACUCCAGACGCCGUCGCUGCAAUCUCAUCACAACUGACGGGCGAACGACGUUUAGGGUAAUGCACUAUAUAGAAUAGGGUGCCAUAAUGAUCCAGAUAUUAAAAUUAAAAAAAAAUAGUAUAUUUAAAAUAAUUCUACAGAUAAAGAAAAGUAGUGCAAUCUUUAAAAUGUAUGGGAAGUUUAAGUGAUUUUUUUAUAAAAAUGAUGUGGACCCAUAUUCGUUUUAAAUUAUAUGUAGCAGGAGAAGUCUAAACAAUUUCAACACAUAGUACAAUAAUUAAAGUAUUAAUUAUUAUAAAUAACAAUCUAGUACAACAACACAUUCCAUAUUUCGCCCUUAACUUUAAUUUUGUCGGCAACAUUUCAUAAUACCUUUUUAAGAAAAAACUGAAUCCCUAUAGC